AUGCCGAACUUGAGCCUUGUCUCAAAUCUUCAUGGCCAGCAGUACUCAGGAGAGUGCUCUCUAGAUUCCACCGCUCGGAUAAAGAUUGCCAUAAGAACUGCGCAGGCCCUUGCAUACCUACACAAUCAUGUAGUCCAUGGAGAUGUCAGAGCGAGUAAUGUGUUGCUAGACUCUGAGUUUGAGCCUCGUGUUAUGGAUUUUGGAUAUGGUAAACUGAUGCCAGAUGAUGACGAAGCUACUAAAGCUAGAAGUAAUAACGGUUAUCUCUCACCAGAAUGUGUUGCGUCAGGUAAAGAAUCAGAAGCAGGUGAUGUGUACAGUUUUGGUAUCUUAUUACUGGAGCUAGUUACUGGCAAGAGACCAAUAGAGAGGCUAAACGCGACAACAAAGCGUGGGAUAACCGAGUGGGUGUUACCGCUUGUGUACGAGAGAAAGUUUGGUGAAAUAGUGGAUCAGAAGCUGGAAGAGGAGAAAGUGGAAGAGAAGCUAAAGAAGCUUGUCUUGGUGGGAGUCAUGUGUGUUCAGACAGAGGCGGAGAAGAGACCGACAAUGUCUCAAGUGGUGGAGAUGCUGAUGAAUGAAUCAAAGGAGAAAAUGUCUGAACUUGAAGCCAAUCCUCUCUUCAAGAAUCCAUGUAGAGAGGAAAGCUCAGAUGUGAUCUCAGAAGAACAACAAUAG